AUGGCAACAACUAUUGAAUUGCUCAAGUGGUCCAAUCUCAUCUCCUCAAUCAUGUUGAUACUGAUUGGAGUCACUCAAAUCAUAUCCCUGUCUAUCCUUUUUAAGAGUUUUAGUUUUACAUUCUUCAUGUCAUUUUUCUUACCAUUUUUCUUAAUAUUAUUUGGAAUCAUGUUGUUUGCGAGUGGCUAGAAGAUGGAAUUUAUGGACAACAAUUUCAGAUUUCUGAGUUCCCUCUUAGGAAGAGGCCUAUUUAAUAUUUAUCUUGCUUCCUUGGCUGUUUAUCAGUUGGCAAAUGCAGCAAGUGACAUCAUCGGAUUCAUAAUCGGAGCAAUGCUAUUUUGCACAGGCUUUUUUUAUUUGAUUUUGCAUUUUUGUGGAAAUAAGGAGGAAUUAACAUCAUACAAGCAAUAAUUAAGUUGAUUCAAAUUCAUAUUGGUCUUUAUUUAUCAGUAUAAUUAA